AUGUCCACUCCUACUCUGAUCAACCUGCCACCUCCACCGUCUGACCCUGUCACUCCUUCUGACAUGGGCCCAGGCACCCCAAACUCUGGCACGACUUCGUUGUCUGCAUUGUCGACGACCGCGAUCAAAGACGGCCACCAAGGCCAAACUCACUCGCAUAGCCGCCAUGCGCACCACUCUUCCACUGGGUCUGCGUCAUCGACCACGAUCCUGGAUGCAGAGCGCGCCGAUCGCAUUUCGCGUCUCGCUGGGCUGGAGCGCGUGGCUGCGGCUCGCGCUGGUGGCUCGCAGAAUGCUGCUGCUGCUGCUGCUGCUGCUGCUGCUGCUGCUGCCGCUGCCACAAACCUACCCUACACUCCCGGAUACUUUGAUAACUUCCCGCAUAUUAAAGAGAGAAGCACGGUCGGAAGUGCCAGCGCCACAGGCAGUGUAGGUGGACGCACGACCUGGGCGAGUGCCAGUAGCGAUGCGUUCGAUCCAGACAAGAUGAGCGAAGAUCCUGACGACGGGGUCUCCAGUGUCGGCGGGAUGAGCGACGAGGGCAAUGCCAGCCUGGUCGGGUUUGGCGAAGGUGCCAGCAGCACCGUCAGCGGCCCUGUUUCCAGCGCCAGCAUCGGCAGAGUGCCUUCAGCUGGCGGUCGCCCAGGAUCCUUCGGCAGCCCGUCGACCAACAACAACCGGGCCAGCGCCGUGCCCUCAUACCUGCAGUAUGCCACCGGAAGUCCCAUAAGCGGCGGCCAGCAGCGGCCUUCGUCACCAUCGCCGAUCGGGUCGAACACCCCGGAACCGUUCCAAGACGCGCGGAUGAUCGACGGCGUGACAUAUGACCCGGAUAUCAUCGACACUACUGUUCGGCCCCCUCCUCAUCUCGUUCCACUGCGAAGCCAGUCUUCUGGUGGAGAAAGUUCUGAUCUCUCUGGGCAGAUGGCUCAGAGUACGUCGAUGGAGCAGGAUUCGCUGAGGUAG